ACUGUUGCACAAUUUCAUCUGAUCUAAAGUUCAAGGUGCUGUAGACAGGUUAGAUUUGCACUUGCCUCCCUCUCAGUCAGCAGCACGCUCGGUGGCUGGUCUGUUUGUCUGCACAGAGGUCCUUUAAAUUCAAAGAUCUGAGACCAUGGGAGAGUGGGGUUUUCUGUCCUCUCUACUGGACAAGGUCCAGUCUCACUCCUCUGUCAUCGGGAAGGUCUGGCUCAGUGUUCUUUUUAUCUUCAGGAUCAUGAUUCUUGGAGCUGGAGCGGACAAGGUAUGGGGUGAUGAACAGUCGAACAUGAUUUGUAACACCAAACAACCUGGUUGCAAGAACGUGUGCUACGACCACGCCUUCCCAAUCUCACACAUUCGAUUCUGGGUCCUCCAGAUCAUCUUCGUCUCCACACCAACACUGAUCUACCUCGGUCACGUCAUGCAUGUCAUCCACAAAGAAAACAAGUUGAGAGAAUACAUGCAGAAGCACUCUGGAAGCACAGUUGUCAAAAGUCCCAAGUACAGUGAUGAUAAAGGCCACGUCCAGAUUAAAGGCAACCUGCUGGGAACCUACAUGACCUCCAUAUUUUUCAGAAUCCUGCUGGAGAUAGCGUUCAUUGUGGGGCAGUAUUAUCUGUAUGGGUUCAUCAUGGACCCGCUGGUCGUCUGCUCCCGAGUCCCCUGUCCCUUCACUGUCGAGUGCUACAUGUCUCGGCCCACGGAGAAGACCAUCUUCAUCCUCUUCAUGCUCGUGGUGUCCUGCAUCUCUCUCUUUCUCAACGUAGCAGAGAUCUUCUACUUGCUGUGCUCCCGCUCAUCCCGGCGAAAAUCUAAAACAGUGCCAGCUUCCGCCAUCGCCAUUUACCCUCGUUUAAAUGGUGACAGUCAGAUGAAAAAUGAGAAGCUUAGCCUCCAUGAUGCAAGUCACAGCACAGCUUGAAAAAUGCUAUUUAGAUCCAACAUGCUAAACGAAAACAUUCACAGUCAACAAGAAAGGUGAGGGGAAAAAAAAUUGACUCAUGAGGCUAAAUCAGCAAGAGAUCAUGGCCCUGGUGUGUAAAACUACUCAAGAGUUAUUUAUUGAUGUGAUGCUUAAAAAUUCAUGUAAUUGGGAAAAGUAUCAGUAGAAUAUUUAUGAUUGUUCAUAAAGAUUUUAAUAUUAAAAAUGCACAAGGAUAAUACAAUGUUUUGCACAGGAUUGCUAAAGCAAACUUUACUUUUUGACAAAAGUAUGUUUUUGUGGUCAUAUUUUGUCUCUUGCUUUCUGUCUUGUUUUGCACUAACAACUACAAGCCACCUUUUAAUAUUGGUACUUUGGUCAUUGUGCUUGUUAACAUCUGCACUCUGUGGUCUCUGAGUACAUGGGGGACCUGACCAUAUAAUUUCACUUGACUGCAAAUGCCUCUGUGUCUCUGUUGCAUCGGCUAAAAGCCAUUUUUAGAAAUGUAAAUACUUCAAUGACAAAUUAUUUGUUUGUUUUUUUUUUCAGGUUUCUUAUUUCAAUAUGACUAUGUACAUCAUGUUUGUAAUUGAUUUCAAUGAAAAAAUAAAUUAUUUAAGUAAAUAUGCUAUUAAAAUAUGUUCAAACAUUUCCAAA